CUUCCUGCAGUGCGGGUGCUAGCAGCCGCUGGGUUCUCCGUCGUCAGGUGUUUGCCCGUGAGACGGCAGCCGCCGGGAGUCAGCGUCGUCUCAUAGGAAAUAAGUCGGAAUUGGCGAACGAAGCGCUCGAGUCUGCCACUGGCCAGGACGCGGUCUUGCUCCUCUCCACCAUGUACAGAACCAAAGUGGGCCUGAAGGACCGGCAGCAGCUCUACAAGCUCAUCAUCAGCCAGCUGCUCUACGACGGCUACAUCAGCAUCGCCAAUGGGCUCAUCAACGAGAUCAAGCCGCAGUCAGUGUGCGCGCCCUCGGAGCAGCUGCUGCACCUCAUCAAGCUCGGAAUGGAAAAUGAUGACAGCGCAGUUCAGUAUGCGAUUGGCCGUUCCGAUACCGUCGCUCCUGGCACGGGCAUUGACCUGGAGUUCGAUGCGGAUGUCCAGACCAUGUCCCCAGAGGCUUCCGAGUACGAAACCUGCUACGUCACGUCCCAUAAAGGACCGUGCCGCGUGGCCACCUAUAGUAGAGACGGGCAGCUCAUAGCCACGGGCUCUGCGGAUGCGUCCAUAAAAAUACUCGACACAGAAAGAAUGUUGGCCAAGAGUGCCAUGCCCAUAGAGGUCAUGAUGAAUGAGACAGCACAACAGAAUAUGGAAAACCACCCGGUGAUUCGAACUCUGUACGACCACGUGGAUGAAGUCACAUGUCUUGCCUUCCACCCCACAGAGCAGAUAUUAGCCUCUGGCUCGCGGGAUUACACUCUGAAAUUAUUUGACUAUUCUAAACCAUCUGCAAAGCGGGCUUUCAAGUACAUUCAGGAAGCUGAGAUGUUACGCUCCAUCUCCUUCCACCCUUCCGGAGACUUCAUCCUGGUGGGCACUCAGCACCCCACGCUUCGCCUCUACGACAUCAACACCUUCCAGUGCUUUGUCUCCUGCAACCCCCAGGACCAGCACACCGACGCCAUCUGCUCCGUCAGCUACAACCCCAGCGCCAACAUGUACGUGACCGGCAGCAAGGACGGCUGCAUCAAGCUGUGGGACGGCGUCUCCAAUCGGUGCAUCACCACCUUUGAGAAAGCGCAUGAUGGGGCUGAAGUUUGUUCUGCCAUCUUUUCCAAAAAUUCUAAAUACAUCCUCUCCAGUGGAAAAGAUUCUGUUGCGAAACUUUGGGAAAUAUCAACAGGACGAACGCUGGUUAGAUACACAGGCGCGGGGUUGAGUGGCCGGCAGGUGCACCGGACGCAGGCCGUGUUCAACCACACCGAGGACUAUGUGCUGCUGCCAGAUGAGCGGACCAUCAGCCUGUGCUGCUGGGACUCGAGGACCGCCGAGCGGAGGAACCUGCUCUCCCUGGGACACAACAACAUUGUGCGCUGCAUCGUGCACUCGCCCACCAACCCCGGCUUCAUGACUUGCAGCGACGACUUCCGAGCACGCUUCUGGUACCGCAGGUCCACCACCGACUGAGCCACUCUCGGGUGUGGGCCUUCUCUUCCUCCCCCGUGCCCUGUCGCCACCUGCAGGAGUGAGUCGGGUACCAGCUGUGGCACCUUGGGCUGCCACCUCUGUCGACAACCGUGGAUUUGUACAGAAGAAUCUUUUUUUUACCUUGAUGUAGAAUCAUGGUGGAAAAGUGGGAAGCAGAUCUGUGCAGUUGUGCGUUCACUGAUUGUUCCAGUGUGAUCUCCCUGGGCUUGUAAAUACAGGACUGGCUGUCUGAAGGAUAGAGAAUUAAAGUGCUUUACAGAUCACAA